AUGGUUUCCGUUCGCUGUUCCCUCCUCUCGAUGCAAACCUACGUCCUCCUCACCAGCGCAUUCCCCAUCCCGUACCAUUUUAGUCCUACCAGUGAUGCCACACAAGCCGUAAACCCAGUCGUCACCCGCACGAUAACCGGCGAAGGUGCGGUAACCAUUAACAUUUACGGCAACAACACGAAAGUCGAGCUCGUCGAAGAAAAAACCCAAACUCCGCCGAGCCGCAGGUCCCUCAACCUUGGUGUUGGUGGCAGUGAAUCGAAUACCGAAGCCGCGUACGAACGUAUAUCUACACCUGAACUUGUUGAAUACCCACCGGUCCGUCGCCACGGUGAAUCAAGACGAUACUCUAUAUCGCCUCCGGAAAUGGUUGCCAACAAUAAAGACAACAAUCUUCACCCCAUCACGAGAAGAAGCAAUGGGACAGAAACGGCGGCAACCAAGAUCCUGGUCCCAGAUGGUGUCGGUGCCGGUGCGGAGCUGCUUUCCGAAACUCAAACUCUGAACCGCACGAGUGUGACGUCAGCUUCGAGCGACUCAAGCUCAAGCUCUCCAAGUGUGGAGAAGCUAUUAGAGCUUCAACAAUUAGACCAGGAUGAGACUUCGCAAGAUACGACGAUUCAAUUCAAGAUUUUUGGGUUGUCGACUUUGGUUUUGGAUAUGAGCCAUCAUUGA